AUGUCGACUAGCUGGCCGUUGCUGAGUCCGGUGAGGACGGCGCCCGCUAGCCAGGGCCAAGGUCAAAGACAGCCAUCUCGACCGACAACAGCCGGCUCCCGACCGGCGACGAUGACGACGGUUGCCACCUUUGGAUCGGGAACGACCACGACCACCAUUACAGCAGGAACACCUACGCGACCAAAACGGCUGUCCGGACCCGCCAAGGACGCCCGCGAGGACUACCACGACUUCAUUGGGACGGUGGAGAAGUCGACGAAGCAGACCGUGUUCAGCGAGCAGCAGCGCAAGCGGCGGCGGGCGCAGCGUCUGCCUGUGGGCACGACGCGGCUGUUUGACCAUGGGCGGAUGCGGCUGAUUCCGGUGGGUUCCAAAGGCGCCACAAUCAUACAAUAA